GACUGCGGUGGGCCCGGGUGCUGCAGCAGCCGCAACGCCGGCCGCGGCUCGGGCUCCGGCUCCCCGGCAUUUAAAGGGGACGCGGCGGCGGCGGCGGCGGCGGCGGCGGCGGCCCGGGGGGAUGGGGGGCAGGUGGAGGGGACGGCCCAGACGCACAUCAUCCACGGUCCCUCGGGACUAGAGGGACUCGUGAGCUGGAGCCCAGCAAUCUGGGGGUGGAUAAGACACCACGUCCCCUCCAAUCCCCGUAAGCACCCCUUGCUCCAUUCUGCGCCCCAUUGCCUUAGCCAGCCCCCUUGCCCACUCGGUACUCUGCAAACUCAGCCAGGACAGACUCUGCUGCCGCCGCCGCCCCCGCUCCCACCCGGGACGGAGAAGCUCAGAGCCACAGCCCCUUCCUGCUGGGAACUCUUCUUGGUGGCCAAGGAAGCCUUCCAUCACUAGGGACACAGCUGCCAGAGGCGCUCCAACAGAUCCCCUUCUCAUGCUGCCCAGGGUGAUGUGCUGACAAUGAGCGGGUGUUUUCCAGUUGCUGGCCUCCGAUGCCUGUCUAGGGUGUGUCGUGGCCUUGCCCGGGAGGCUCCAACCUCCCCCAGCCCCACUGCUUCUCCUGCUGCCCGCUUGCUUCGGACUCUGGCAGAAACCCCACCCGCUGACACGUCCCUCCUGGGGAACUGGUCCUGGACGUGCCAGCGCCUCUGGCCUGCUAACCAGCCUCUUCCUGGCCGGCUCCCGCCGCGCCCCCUCUCGCUUGCCUCCUCCUCCUCCUGCUGCUCCCUCCCCCCCUGCUCCCAGGACGGCGGGAUGGCUGCCCAGAGCGCCCCGCGCUUCCUCCUGACCUUCGACUUCGACGAGACCAUCGUGGACGAAAACAGCGACGACUCGAUCGUGCGCGCCGCGCCGGGCCAGCGGCUGCCCGAGAGCCUGCGAGCCACCUACCGCGAGGGCUUCUACAACGAGUACAUGCAGCGCGUGUUCAAGUACCUGGGCGAGCAGGGCGUGCGGCCGCGGGACCUGCGCGCCGUCUACGAGGCCAUCCCCCUGACGCCGGGCAUGGGCGACCUGCUGCAGUUUGUGUCUAAGCAGGGCACCUGCUUCGAGGUCAUUCUCAUCUCGGAUGCCAACACCUUCGGCGUGGAGAGUGCGCUGCGCGCUGCUGGCCACCACGGCUUGUUCCGCCGCAUCCUCAGCAACCCGUCGGGGCCCGACGCACGGGGGCUGCUGGCGCUGCGACCCUUCCACACGCACAGCUGCGCGCGCUGCCCCGCCAACAUGUGCAAACACAAGGUGCUCAGCGACUACCUGCGCGAGCGGGCCCACGACGGGGUGCACUUCGAGCGCCUCUUUUACGUGGGCGAUGGCGCCAACGACUUCUGCCCCAUGGGGCUGCUGGCGGGCGGCGACGUGGCCUUCCCGCGCCGCGGCUACCCCAUGCACCGCCUCAUCCAAGAGGCGCAGAAAGCCGAGCCCAGCUCCUUCCGCGCCAGCGUGGUGCCCUGGGAGACAGCCGCCGACGUGCGCCUCCACCUGCAGCAGGUGCUCAAGACGUGCUGAAGACGCUCGCCUGCAGGGGGCGCCCUGGGCCGGCGAGCGGCUGAGGGCGCGGGGCUGGGGCCGUCGGGGAAGACCCGCGAGUCGGCUGUUUCCUUGCCCUUGCGCUUGGCGCUGACCCUCCCGGCGUCUCCCAGGGAGGGGUGGCCCCCCAAGCCGUUCCCGUCUAUGCAGUGAGCCCCGCCCAGCUGCCUCCCCCCUUCUCCCCGCCCACCCCCUUCACCGCAGUUAAGCUCUGGAGUGCAGCGCAUGCGGGGUCCUGCGCCCACCCUGGAAGGCAGUGGGGACCCUUCCAAGACCCUGGGCGGCAGGGGACCCUGGAUGGUGACAGAGGGCACCUCCUCCACCGCUCUCACUGCCGCCUCGGCCUCCUAACGACCCCUCUCCAGUCUUCUAUCAAAGGGACCCAGGCACCCGAAGUCCGCAUGGCCACUCGGACUCCCCGCGGAGAAAGUUGACGCUCUCCGCUCCGCCGACAGCUCCAAGCCUUUUCCAUCUCGCCACGCCCCUACACAGUUCGUGUACUCGCUACUACACCUUGGCCCAUCCCUUCAGCACCCCAGCGUGGAAGAGAAAAGCCAGAGCGAACAGUCGCCCCCUGCCGGUGGAACGAGGUAGCAUCCAGCCCAACUCAGGUCCGGCGCUCCCGGGACCCUCGCCCCGCAGCCUCGCCUAUGCCGCAAGAGACGGGAGAACGCACCAAAGCCGCCCUCUGCGCCUUCCCCCUCCACCCACCUGUACGGAACAGAAAGCCAUGAUGUUUUUAAGCAGAACCAGGGAACCCCAUGUCCCCCUCCCUUCUGGUGUCAGAACUAUAAAGCAGGCGAAGGGGAA